CUAUUCAUUGUACUGUUCAAAUAUCACUGUUCAUUGUUCACUGCACUGUUCAAAUUUCACUGCACUGUUCUUGACUAUUUGAUUAUGCUAUUAUUCGGGUGCAAGAUGACUGAAACGAAACCUACCAUUGAUGUCAUUCCGGUUAUGUCCAAAAUUACGAAGAAUAAGUUCAUGGGUUCCAAUUACAUGGAUUGGAGUAAGACGAUCCGUCUCUAUUUGCGGAGCAUCGACAAAGAGAACCACUUGGUUGAUGAUCCACCCAAGGAUGAGACUAAAUCAGUCUGGUUAAAGGAGGAUGCAAAAUUGUUUCUCCAAAUCAAGAAUUCGAUGCACAGUGAGGUAAAUGAUCUAGUUUCUCAUUGUGAUUAUGUGAAGGAUCUAAUGGAUUAUUUAGAUUUUUUGUACUCUGGCAAAGGAAACUUGUCUCGCAUGUAUGAUGUGUGCCAGGCAUUUUACCAUCCAUCCAUGCAAGAUCGCUCUCUCACCACUUACUUCUCAGAGUUUAAGAAGGUGUAUGAUGAGCUUAAUGUUAUAUUGCCGUUUAGUCCAGAUGUGAAGGUACAACAGGCUCAGCGGGAACAACUGGCGGUCAUGAGUUUCUUUUCUAGUCUUUCUCCCGAAUUUGAAGGGGCCAAAUCGCAGAUUUUAUCUGGGACUGCUAUCUCUUCCUUGAAAGAGGCCUUUACAAGAGUGUUGCAUACUGAAAAGUCUCAUCCAGGUCCGACAGCCACGAUCGAUAGUGGUGCUCUGCUUAGCCGCGUCCAAAAGAAUAAGAGUCAUAGUAAUCGCAAUCGGAGUAGUGAUAGUCGAGACCUAAAGCAAGGGGAAGUUAAAUGUUUUUAUUGUCAUGAGCUCGGUCAUAUCAUACGUUAUUAUGUGAAGCUUCAGAAUAAGAACAAAAGAUCUCAGUAUGCCAACAUCGCCACUUCCGAGACUAUUUCACCAUCUUAGUCAUCAUCUCCUCCGAUCAAUACUAUCCUCGAGUCAGGUAAAACCACUAAGUGUCUCCUCUCUUCAUCAUCCAAAUGGGUCAUUGAUUCUGGUGCCACAGAUCAUAUGACAGGAUCUUACGACGAAGCAGAUUAUUGGUAAAGGUUCUGAGUCUGGGGGUCUCUAUGUUCUUGAAUCACAGGUGCCGAAAUCCAUUUCUUGUUCAACUGUGUUGUCUCCCUUUGAUGUACACUGUCGAUUGGGUCAUCCAUCCUUGUCUAGUUUGAAGAAGUUAUAUCCUCAGUUUCAGAGUAUUUCCUCUUUAGAUUGUGAGUCAUGUCAGUUUGCUAAACACCAUCGCCUUCCUAAAGUUUCUAGAGUCAAUAAACGGGUCGACUUACCUUUUGAGUUAGUUCACACCGAUGUUUGGGGUCCAUGUCCUAUUAUCUCUAAAACUGGUUUUAGAUAUUUUGUUACCUUUGUGGAUGAUCAUUCUCGUGUUACUUGGUUAUAUUUAAUGAAAAAUCGUUCGGAGUUGUUUUCAAUUUUUUGUGCU